AUGGACGGCGGCCAGAGUGGAAACUGGCGCCCCGCGCGAGGUGGAAUGUAUCGAGACGGCGACGGGCCCGGGGACAGCCCCGGCGGCAACGACGAUAAUGAGUGUAGGUAUGCCGUUGGCCUAGAACCGGAGGAAACUACACUACAUCGGGCUCCUGAACCGGGUGCCUCGCUGGGUGCUGUGCCAAUGAGUCGGGCUCUGUCUCCCAUUUUUGUCACGGUACCUCUCGUUUAACUUAAACCCCAUCUUCUUCCAUAACCCUUUCUUACUAACGCAUAUUGCCGGUAGGAAAUUGUUUGUGCCACAGGUGCUAACUUUGUAUCAACCCAUCUCUAACACAAAGCCACUCCCCG